CGUACUCGGCGCCUACGGUUCGAUGUGUCCAAUUCAUGCAAUUGCUGCGAAAAAGACAAGUGUUCAUAAUCUCGACUACGUUACGUCUCCAAAUCCCUAUUUUUAUAUUUCCGAUUGCUAAUUUCAUCCUCGUUUGAUCGAUUGAUUGAGGUAAUUCGCAGCGUUAAUGGAGCCGGUGAUGGAGGACGAGGAGUAUAGCUGGAGAGAAGUUGUUUUGCCGUCGAUGAUUCCGGUCGUAUCCCCGACGGAGCUCAACCGGGAAACCGGCGAGAGGAGAAGAGGACGCGACAUAAUCAUCGCCGUCGAUCAUGGACCGAACAGCAAACACGCCUUUGAUUGGGCGAUCACGCAUCUCUGCCGCCUCGCUGAUACGCUCCAUCUCGUCCACGCCGUGUCCAGUUUUAAGAAUGAGGUUGUAUACGAGAAGACUCAGGGACUCAUGGAGAAGUUUGCAGUUGAGGCAUUCCAGGUGGCUAUGUUGAGAACAAAAGCCAGGAUUGUGGAAGGAGAUGCAGCCAAGGCAAUUUGCAAGGAAGCAGAGAGGUUGAAGCCCGCUGCUGUGGUGAUGGGCACCAGGGGCAGGAGCUUGAUUCAAAGUGUAAUACAUGGCAGUGUAAGUGAAUAUUGUUUCCACAACUGCAAAGCAGCUCCAGUAAUUAUUGUUCCCGGGAAAGGGGAAGAAUCUGCAUAGGACGAACAAGUCAUGAGUCUUCAGCAAUAUGUUUGUUAGUUUCACUUCCCUUAGUGAGUAAAAGAUUCCCAUGGUUUCAUUUGGUUGUGGUUGUAAAUUCAUGCUUUUAAAGAGAGAAGUAUCUUCUAUGUUAGUGUUCGAUAAUUAUUGUGCUCUGAACUCUCAUUUGCAAGCAUGUGUAGUUUAUAACUAUGCCCUCCGUCGUGCAAUCAUUUUCAUUCUAUAAGAACAAUGCCCAAUAUUAUUAGCAUGUUACUUGAUGCAAAUUUAUUAGUGCAUGACUCAUUUUAAAAAUGUGGAUUAGGUACAUAUCCUAGAGAUCCCUUAUACCAUUGGCACUUUAGGAAUUGAACAAAGCUUUGAAUUUAAGUUAGUAGAGGGAAACAGAGUAGAUGACACUAAAAUUAUGCUCUAUGUUUCCCUCUUUGCCUUUAGUUAGAUUCGGUUUCAGAAAUUUAGUGGGAAAUCUUCUGUUUAUGCUUACAACAAUACAAAAAGCACAGAAAGCAUGUGUGAGCUGAUAUCCAUUCAUGACAAUUAGAAGGAAUAGUUUGUCAAAAUAGUGAAUGGGAGAUAACAUGCAGAGUUAUGUCUCCUUCUUCACUUAUUAUUAUUAUUAUUUAAUUGUUAUUAUUAUCGGUUUUAGCAGGAGCAACUUGACCAAUUAUCUAAUCUAAUUUUAAUUCUAAAAUUAAAUUCUAACCAAAAUAAUUUUAAAAUUAAUCCCAUCUUCUUUCUGGCCUUUAGAAUUAGUA